GGUCUUAUCGAUUGCUGUUUGCAUAUAAUCGGUAUCGUUUGCAAUAACAAAAGAGAACUAAGAGAAGGAAAAAACAACAAAAACACGGAAAGACACAAAAAAAGUGCGUCGCUAUUAAUUAAUAGAUAAUUAAUAAAAUUCGCCGUGUAUGCGCCUAUGACGAAUGUUGGCCAAAUAAUAUGGAUGAUGUCCCCGUCAAAAUAGUCGAACGCUAUAAACCACCACCCCCAGUAUACCAAUUGCCCCCUACUAUUGCGAACCGUUUGUCCCAAUACAGGGUCAACUACUAUGCGGAAGAGCAGGCAUUCCACUAUGACUACCAGCUGGAGCGAAGUGUACUCGGCAAGUGCCAGCAGUGGCGUCGCGUGCGUCACCAACAGCAACAGGCGCGUCACAUGCGCCUGGAGCAACGAAAACAGGAGCGUCAGCGUGCGCUUGAGGCAAAACAAAAGGAAAUGCUUGGGGCUGUUGAAUAUCCGAGUGCAGCUGAGUUGUCUUCCGAUAGCGAUGAUGACGAGUUAGCUGUGGAGUCGCCAACAGCAACGACCUCAGCAGCAGCGGGAACAAUAACAACGACUACGACGUCAAUUAGCGCUGCUGAGUCACGUGAAAAACUCAAACCAAAGUCAAUGAGCUCGUGCAAUUUCAAUAAUAUUCUGCAACCCACCAUUCUGAGUGGCGCUGCAGCAGCAACACCCAUUGUCACACACCAUAAACGGAACAGUUCACUAAACUAUGCAGAUUUUGAAUACAAUAUGAACUCGACACCAUUCGAUAAUAUAGAGAUGAAGACGAUUAACGAUUUGGAUAUACUGGCACAGGUGCUGCACCAGACCCAAUUGACGCAAAAACCACAUCCAUUAAACGAAGCAGAACAUAUAAGUGAGCCAGAGCCAGAGCCAGAGAAUAAAAAUGAACAGCAACAGACGCAGCCGGAACUGGAGCUGGCUGUCACAACUCUGGCGGAAACCAAAGCCACGCUAGAUAGCGUUAAUUUUCAAGUACACUGUGAUGAUGCCCAAGGCAUUCCAGCCAUGUACCCAACUCCCUUGUAUAACACUCCUACACAGCAAUCGCAACAGCAGCUCGUAUAUCCACACAUGGUCUAUAAUCAGCAUUAUUACCCUCAGCAACAGCAGCAACAACUGUAUCCCAAUCAAAAUUACUUGCAGCACAGCUAUGUCAAUGGAUAUGGCACACCUACUCAAUUACCCCCACCGCUGCCACCACAUAGUACGAAUAUGAGCGUGCUGUCACCGAACACCUCGGAAGCAGAUAUAAAAUCGAGGAGCGUGCCUGAUAUAUUACGAGAACUGACAACGGAGCUGCAGCAGGCAGAAAAACGUCGCGUCCGUCUGCACAGCCAAAAUGAAAAUGAACAGCAGGCAUUGGCAUUGACCCAGCCACAGCAGCAGCAACAUCAACAGCAACUGUCCAGCAGCCAGCCGAACAAUGCCAACAUAUUCCAGGAGCUGACUGUGCCGGCACAGAAACUAGCGCAGCGUAUCAGCACCAUGGGCUUUCCACUAGAGCGAGUGGCCAAGGUGGUCAGCUUGUGCGGCAUCGAUGACAAAAAGAUAAUCGAGCACCUCAUUCCACUGGGCGAGCUAAUAGAUCUCGGAUUUGAAGAAACAAAAAUCUCGGCGGCUCUUUUGAAAUUUAAUAACAAUAAGGACAAAGCAUUAGACUAUUUAAUUAAGUAGUUCAAUUCAAUUAAUUUGAUGGUUGCCGCCCCGGUGCUCCAAGCAGCUUGAUUUGCGGAUACUAAUACAAGCGCCCCACUAUAUACAAACGCAGUUUUCUGUUUAUUUCUAUGAGUAAUUGAAGCUACCACAAAACAUAAUGCUAAA